AUGGAUGAGGAAAUGGUUGACAAGGAACCUGCUGAAAACUCCUCUGCUAAGGACCCUGCAGCUGCUGAAAAUUCCAAGGAACAGGAAAGGGAGUCUCAGGGGGAUGACAUUGAGCUGGAGGGCGAAGAGGAUAUUCUGCAUGCUGAAAUUGCUAAGCUGCAGGAUCACGCUGCUGAGCAGGAUACGCGCAUCCAGCAGCAGCAGUCUCUCAUCUCCACGCUCAGGGGGGAGCUCUCUGACCAGGACAACAAAAUCAAGUACCUGGAAGUUGAGCUCAAGAACAUGAAGCACGAUGCGCGGGAGCAAGGUCACCAGCUGGCGCGGCAGACCUCAAAGAUCAACGAUCUGCGCGAGGCUUUCAACGCCCUUCGGAGGGAGACCAUGUAUCGCCCUGCACCGCGAGCGGACCCGCCCGCCAACUCUGCUAGCGGUCGCACCAACCCUUCUCGCUCUGGUGGUGCAGUGGGUGACCCCGGUCCUUCUACGCAGCGCGCUGCUGAGCCGAGCACGCAGGCCUUUGGCUCUCUGCCAAUCACCCUGCCGCCAUUCAUCCAUGGCAAGACGGACGUGGCUGCGUGGCUGUCGAUGAUGACCGACCUGUUCAAGGCGCACAAGGUCCAAGACGACGCUCGCGUCGUCGCUGCCACCACCGUGCUGGACCAGAAUGCACAGCGAGUGGUGUAUGGCAGCAAGAUCCAGGCUGAGGCGGAUAGGAAGCCGGGGUCGUCAUACGUGGUGGCGUACGAGCUGGUGGCGACGGGCAUGGCGGAGGCACCGCAGGCGGCGGCCAUCUACAGCGGCAACAGCACGUGCGGGCAGGCAGCCCCACCCGUGGCGCUGCAGCUGCCCGGCACGUGGCAGCUGCUGAGCUCCGUGUCGUGGUCGCUGGCCAAUGUGCUCACUGUCGCGCCGGCGGACCUGGCGGACGUGCUCAGCGCCAUCCAGGCUGGCAUCAAUGGCCAGCUCUACAUUGGCUUUGCCGCCACCACCAGCAGCUUGUCGGGAAAGCUGCUUGCUGCCAGGCUUUGA